AUGAUUACUGAAGGAGAAACUAAUCAUGAAAAAUUAUUGGAUAAAAAUGAUGAAUUUAUUUCUGCAUUGGUUGCACCAUUAGCCGAUGUUGACGACCAAUUAGAUGAUGACGAGAUUCAGAAGUUACCAUAUCAAUUACAGUACUAUGAUGGGAACCGUUGUCAGGAUCAUUUAAUUGUGAAAAAAUUGAUCGAAGCAUUAUAUCAGCUUUGUGCAACGAAACAUGGACGAACAGUGUUACGCGCCAAAGGUAUCUAUGCCAUUCUGCGUGAAUUGGAUAAAGCCACAAAUACCGGUAUCAGCAGUACGACAUCGGCGAUAAAGUCUUCAGCUAAUGAUGCUACUGGUGUUGCUGUUAGUAACGCCAAAGAGGCCAAAAGCUGUUACAUGAUUGUUGACAGUGCGCAAACAUCGACACUACAUUCGCUGAUCGGGAUUCUGAUACGUUACGAGACAGAGAUGGAUGUUGAUCCAAAUUUA